GCCAUUAAAAAAAUGUCUUUGUUUCAGUACUUCUCAUUAUUUGUAGCCAUUCUCUUCAUAUUCUACAAUAUAUGGAGAUGGAAAAAAAAGGAAUUUAUACCAAAUUGGCCAAUAAUUGGCAUGCUUCCAUCAAUUUUGUAUAAUCAAUCCAAUAUUCAUGAUUAUGUAACCUUAUUUUUGAAACAUUAUGGUGGCACUUUUCAUUUCAAAGGACCUCGGUUCACAAACAUUGCCAACUUUAUCAUCACCAGUGAUCCUAUGAAUGUGCACCACAUCACUAGCAAGAAUUUCACCAACUAUGGGAAAGGGUCUGAUUUCCAUGAGAUUUUCGAAAUUCUUGGUGUUGGUAUUUUCAAUUUGGAUUCUAAUGAAUGGAAACAAGAAAGGACAGUACUUCAUUCAAUUAUCAAAAUGAAAAACAUUGAGAUAUUCCAUCAAAAAAACAUUCAAAAGAAGCUAGAGAAUUGCCUAUUACCAUUUCUUGAUCAUCAAGCAUCAAAAGGUGUACAAGUAUUUGAUUUACAAGAUAUUCUUGAGAGGUUCACCUUUGAUAUUAUUUGUACUCUUUUAUUUGGAUUUGAUCCUAAUUCCCUUCCUUACAAGUUCAAUGAGUUACCAGAUAUCGGUUGCUUAAAUGCUAUUUCCUUGCUUGAGGAUAUGCUAUUGUCGAGACACUAUAUUCCAAAAUGUAUUUGGAAGCUACAAAAAUGGCUACAAAUUGGUCAAGCAAAGAAGAACAAAGUAGCUGAAGAAAAUCUUCACCAAUUCAUAUACAACUCCAUAUCUUAUUACAAAGGUGAUGAAGAUGUGGAUGAAUCUCCUUCUUACUUGCUAAAAGAACUAAUGAAGGAAGGAUCGGGAAACAACGAAAAGGCUAAGGAGUAUAUUAGAGACACAACACUAAAUCUCUUGGCUGCUGGAAAUGGAACAAUAAGUUCUGGUCUCAGUUGGUUUUUUUGGCUUGUUUCAAAUCAUCCUAUUGUAGAAGCUAAAAUUAUUAAAGAGAUCAAAGAUAAUCGUCUAACACAAGAGGAGAAUUUUGUCACUAAUUUAAGUGUAGAAGUUCUUGAUAAGCUAGUUUACCUUCAUGCAGCUAUAUGUGAAGCCUUAAGGCUUUAUCCUCCUUUAGCAUUUCAACACAAAUGUGCAAUCAAAGAUGAUAUACUAUCUAGUGGAGAUCAUGUAAGUCCAAAUACAAAGUUAAUAUAUUCUUUGUAUGCGAUGGGAAGGAUGGAACAAAUAUGGGGUGAAGAUUGUUUGGAAUUUAAGCCUGAGAGAUGGAUAUCAGAUAGAGGACAAAUUAUAAAAGUACCAUCUUACAAGUUCAUUGCAUUCAAUGCAGGUCCUAGAAGUUGUACUGGUAAAAAUAUGAGCUUUAUUCAAAUGAAAAUGGUUGCAGCUACAGUGUUGUGGAAAUUUCAUAUAAAGGGGGUGGAAGGUCACUCUAUUACUCCAAAAGUUUCUAUCGUUCUUCGCAUGAAACAUGGAUUUAAGGUCACAGUUAGCAAAAAGAUUCAUUUGAUAUAAGAGUUAAAUUUCUAUGAAUUCUUGCUUGUGUAUUUUUUGGUGUGUUUUUGUGUGUUUGUCUAAUUUGAGUGUUUGGUUUAUAGUUGUGUGUACUUAUGCUUUUAGUAUUGAUUUGUACUUUAAACUUUUUCUUGUCAUUCUCAUAUAUAUAAUAUUAUAUUUGUCAUUAAAAAAUUCCGUUUUAGUGGCAAUCUUCUAAAAGGUAAUUUGAGAAUGUAAUUAAUAAAAAUAUAGUGUACCCUAAAUUAAUAG